AUGAUGUACUUGGCCCGCUCCGUCGCCCGCAAGGCCCUUCCCGCCAUGGCCCGCCCUUCCAUGUUUGUCGCCAGACGUGGUUUUGCUGAAGCUGUUCCUGCCGACAAGCUUCGUCUCUCUUUGGCUCUCCCCCAUGAGACCAUCUACGAGAACACUGACGUUGUCCAAGUCAACAUUCCCUCCACCGCUGGUGACUUGGGUAUCCUCGCCGACCACGUUCCCACCAUUCAGCAACUCAGACCCGGUCUCGUCGAGAUCAUUGAGUCUGGUGGCAAGUCCACUCAGUACUUUGUCUCUGGCGGUUUUGCCACCGUCUCUGAGGGCUCCAAGAUUGCCGUCAACGUCGUUGAGGCUUUUGCUCCUGAAGACUUCUCCUCCGAGGCUGUCAAGUCCCUCACUGCUGAGGCCCAGAAGAACGUCAACUCUUCUGACGAGGCUGUCUCUACUGAGGCCAAGAUCCAGCUCGAGGUUCUUGAGUCUCUUGCCUACUACGUCAAAUAA